UUGACGUAUUAUGAAAGAGGGAAAACUGAAAAGCAAAUAAUAUGAAAAUUGCGUAUUUAUAUUUUAAUUUCAAGGCAGAUACUUUUCAUUUUAUCACUUAAUGUCUCCAUAAAUAUGUCUCUUAAUGGUACACUCAAUUCUGUUAGAGGUUUUUUAGCCUCAAAUUAUAUGUUAGUGGAUGAUGAGUGGCUCUCUGGAUGUGUUGAGUAUUUAGGGGAAGACAAUAAUUACAGCGUAGAUGAGAUAAAAAAUCUAGCAAGAGAACAGUGGCUCUUAAACAACCUCAAAGAAAUCUGCCCCGGUUCUCUUCCCAAAAAUUUGAAAGAGCAGAAAAAGACCGUGCUAAAUGGCCGUUUUGUUUUGCAAAUAAAUGCAGCCGUAGAUAUUGGUGCGCCGGCGUAUCAACAGUAUUUGAAACUGCAAAAAGUGAAUACAGAAAAUAUAGAAGCAACAAGAUCAUUUGAAGAUAAAAUAAAGAAUAAUAGGAUGAUCAAGCUUUACAUGACAGAUGGUGUGCAGGAUGUGUCAGGGAUUGAGUACAAACCAAUGAGGAAUUUAACCUGCGACAUCACACCUGGAUGUAAGGUUCUGAUAAAAGGACCAGUGGAAUGCCGCAGAGGAAUCAUGUUACUGUCAGAGAGUUCGAUAGAACUACUUGGUGGAGAGGUGCAAGAACUGGCCGAAACCAAUUCACUGGCUGGCUUAUUGUCUUCCAAACUGGGCUUGCCUACUAUUCAAGAAACAAAUUUGAACACAACAAUAAAUCAACCGAGAAACACGGACAUCCCCACUCCACACACACACCUCCCCCCACCAAUUAAUGAACCAACAUUUGAGACAGUCGAUCAAUCAUCGCGCCCAAUUGCUAGGGUAACCAGCAUCCAAGUCCAGGGCUUUGUUGAUGACGAUAUAGAUGAAGACCAAUUAGCGGCUAUCGAAGCAGAAUUCAGUAGCAACCCUAGCAAGCGACCGAGUUAUGAUGACUACCCUCAACCAGAGAAGAAAUUUAAGACAAACACUGUUGAAGAUUAUCCAGAAGACAAUGAUGUUUUUGAAGAUGAAGACCAUCUGCUGGAAAUGGAGGCAAAGUUUGAUGAAACUGAAAUGAAUAUCAAAUUUCCUUUACAAGUAUCAUCCGAACCUUUUUUGUACAUUAAACAGAUUAACGAUAUGAGUGACAGGGACAAAGAAGGGAGAGUGUUUUUAAUAAAAGGACAAAUAAUGAAGUUGUUAUCAAAGUUAUCAGUGGGGAAAGAUGGGUGGAGUUUAAAGUGUACUUUAGUGGAUGGUACGGGGACUCUAGAUGCAGACUUUACAAGUGAUGUGCUAUCCAAAUUAGUGGGUUUGACGCCGCAAGAAAUGAACGAUAUAAAAAAGCAGAUUGCGAAAAGCCCAGAGUUGAAGGAAAAAGCUGUGUCUGUCUCUCCCAUGGAUCAGGUGUCGGUAAGUAAAAUAGAGGAUUUUCGAGAAGUAUAAACUAAGUUUAUAAGGAAACAUCUGUGUAAUUGAAGUGACGUUUUUAAUUGUCACGCAAAAACCACUGGACCGAUUUCAAAAUUUAUUUUGUGAAGCCAUUAACAAAGAGAAGAUGAAGCAAAAUUUAUUUCACCAUUUUCACCUGCAUUCCGCCCCUGCAUAUAAUUAUAUCAACUUUUUAUGAUGCAUUCUGACAC